AUGCUGUCGCUAUCGCUUCGCCUGGUCGGCUGCUCCAGCUGCUCCAGUCGCAUUUCGCAUCCGAAAGCGCCCGCAAGUAGGUUACACAUUUUUUCGCCGCCCAAGCAACUCAACUCAGCGAGGCAAACAAACAACACCGUCCACCAGUUCAGCCAGCUCAGCCAGCUCAUCCAGAUCCCAGAUCAUACAGCCAAAGGAACCGAAUACAGCUAUUCCAGCAUGGAGUACAAAAUGAUUGGACCGGAGCACUGCGACCAGGUGCUGGAGCACCUGCGUCGCAACUUCUUCGCCGACGAGCCGCUGAACAAGGCCGCCGGUUUGUGCCAGAACGGCAGCAGUUGUGCCGCUCUGGAGUCGCACUGUGCCGAGGCCAUACUGGACCGGAUGAGCGUGAUGGCUGUGGAUGCGAAGGAGCAGGAGCAGGGAGUGUGCAAAGUAGUCGGCGUGGUCCUGAAUGGCAUCCUGAAGCCGGGCGACACGGCCAAAGCGCUGAGCAAGCUGGACACCAAUGACGAUGCGGGCUUUCGCAAGAUCUUCGACUUGCUACACAGACACAAUCUCAAGUACAAUCUCUUCGAGCACUUCGACGUGGCGUGCAUGUUCGAUGUGCGCAUCCUGUCGGUGGACUCCAGCUACCGUGGCCAGGGCAUAGCCAACGAGCUGGUCAAGCGAUCGGUGGCGGUGGCCAGGAAGAAUGGCUUCCGCCUGCUAAAAGCCGAUGCCACCGGCAUCUUUUCGCAGAAGAUAUUCCGCUCGCAUGGAUUCGAGGUCUUCUCUGAGCAGCCGUACAGCAAGUACACGGAUGUCGAUGGCCGAGUGAUCCUGCCCGUUGAGGCGCCCCACAUCAAGAUGCAGCAACUGUACAAGGCUAUCUGCGGCGGCGCCGACCAGGAUGAGAAGGAGCAGUCACGUUAAGGCGACGUCCGACUGGCUGCGAUUUUUUUGGAACAAUAAUCUUAUUUAUUUUCUACAUACAUGCAUCUUAUUGCAACUUAUUGGAAUGUUUUUGUACUACAAAUAUGGAAAUUAGUUUUGGGAGCGCUAAACAAAAAUUUUUGCAGCGCCAGGUCAAUGGAACGCCUCUAGAAUGCGGACGCUGCCUGGCAAGUUUACAUAGACGUGUGUGUAAUUGUUAUUCAAUCGUUUUUUGUAUGGGGACCAACUGCUAACUGCUAACAAUACCUAAAUAAAGUACACUGUUGUGCCAAAGUUAA